GCAGGACAGCCUCACGGCGCUCGCUGCUGCAAACUGCGCCGCGACGGCGUGGCUGCUGUUCGCCUCAAACGCGGCGGCGGGCGCGCUGCCCCUUGCGUCGUCCCUCACCCUGCCUCUCGUCCCUCUCCUCGCCGGCUUCCCGCUCCGCAGCGCCGGCCCGCCCUUCGGGCUCCAGCGGCUCGCCUUCUCGGUCUACGCCGCCUUCACGACCCUCGCCUCCUUCCUCGCGCUCGCCGUCGAGCUGCAGCACGGAGGCCGGCUGCCCCUCGUCGGCACUCUCCCCGCCGAGGCGGCGGCGUGCGUCUUCGUCAGCCUCGCCGCCGCCGCCGUCGCGCCCAAGCAGCGGACAGUCGCCGUCAAGGCGGUCAACCUGCUCGCGCUGACCGGCAUCCUCGCCCGCCGGCUCGGCGCGCACGGCCUGCCCCUAGAUGCGGAGUACACACCCCCCGAGUCAGACUCGCAGUCGAGGGGGCGCGCAUCCAGCUGUAUUCGGCUGCAUUCGGCUGGGAUCGUCGCCCGCCUGUCCACCGUCCCGUCGGUCAGCUUUGUCGCGACGGUCGCCUGCUGGGCGUGGGCCGCCAAAAAGCUCGUCGCGGGGGAGUGAGGAGGUGUGAGGAGGGAGGAUAGCGGCGGACACUUGAGACCAGCAUAAGACCAUGACACUUGUGCGGGGCCAGCUCGAGGCCAAGCCGAGGUGCGCAUUGCGAUUAUGGCAUACACGCCGAGAGCUUGGCAUCGGGUAUACCCGUUACCCCUCUGCCCCUGAGUGUAGCCAGUAGAGAGGGUUCUGUGUCUUCUGAGGUGUUUUGCCACCGCCAAUUAACGCAUGACUAA